GGUGGAGGCACUCACCCGCGCCAGGCCACACCUAAUAGAUCCAGCACGGCGGGAAGAGAAACACACCUCCUCUCCUCACUCCUCGCUCCUUCUCGGAUGUCGGCAGCGGAAAGUCUCCCAUUCAUGCCGCCAAAGGCGACUAUGAAGACGCUUUUCACGCACUUUAUUUACAGACAGUGUUCGUCCUCUCCUGUCCGCCAUGAUGGACGAGCAAAGAUCAUCUGAUUGAUUGCUCAUGUCUGGCCGGAUGACCACUCUCAUCCUGGCUGGAGAUCGACUGACACACCCCCCGCGGUCGACUGGUAGCUCGCGAUCGACGUAAUGGGCACCCCUGCCCUAGGGGUACUUUAAGUCCCUGUCCUAAGUCGUGUGGGACGAGGGGCUUCUCUGCCCAAAAGAAAACAGCACAGACACACUCGGGGGCGUGAGGCCCUCCACAUGCCUACUUCAUGUCAGCAUGGCACUCACGGGGUGGAAACAUGGCAGAACCACCCGGUUGGACCAUGGCCGUGUCCCGCAGGCUGGACACCUCGGAGAAACGCCCCUCAGGACAUCGUUGGACGCCAGGCCCGGGUGCACGCCUGAACACGUGCGCCUCAAGUCGUCCGGGGUGAACUUCUCCAGAGUCAAAACAAUGCUCUUCCUGCUGGGCAUGACUCUGACCUUCCUGGUCACGGCCUCCAAAGUCCUGACGUGGGACAAGAAGGGACUGCUGAGCGCCGGCUAUCAACUCAAAAGUGACAACUUCUCCAGCGGCAGUGCCGCAGCAGCGACGGCGGCGCUCUCCUCAGAAAGGACUUCAGUGGACAUGAAGCAGCUAAUGAGGAUAAUCCACCCUAAAUUGGAAUACCCACCCAGGAGGGCUCCUGAGGAAAAGGACAUCAUGGAGACGGACCCUCAGUUGUUCUCUGUCAUCCCUCGCCACUUCCUGCCGGGGAUCAAAAGCCCCUGCUGGUACCAGGAGGUCUCAGGCGAGACUGGCGACGAUCCCUACAAGAGGAACCUCUUCGCCGUGCGCUCCAAGAGCUUCAUGGGCGUGAGCGAGCAGCUGAGGUCCAACUUCCGCCUGCGCCGCCGCGACGGCCGGCGGUUCCGCCUGCGAUGCCUGCCUUACUUCUACAUCAUCGGCCAACCCAAAUGCGGCACCACAGACUUGUUCUACAGGAUGCUGCUGCAUCCCCAAGGCCGCUUCAACUUCAUGAAGGAGCCACACUGGUGGACCAGGAAACGCUUCGGUUACAUCCGCUUCAAAUACGGCUCCCAGAGAAGAUUCCCCGUGGAAGACUACCUGGAUCUCUUUGACCUGUCAGCCCACAACAUUCACGCACCCAGUAGUGGAACCCCCCCCACGGACCGCCCCUUGCAGCUCCUCACAGGUGAGGCCAGUGCAUCCACCAUGUGGGACAACCAAGUGUGGAGGUAUCUCCAUGGCGACGGGGAGGAGACAGAGCCCCCAUUCCUGGUCCAGGACUUCAUCCACACGGCCCAGCCGGGGGCCAAAGUCAUCGUAAUGCUCCGAGACCCUGUAGAGAGGUUGUACUCGGACUACUUGUACUUCAACGCGGCCAACAAGUCAGCAGAGGACUUCCAUCAGAAGGUGGUCAGAUCUGUCAAGCUCUUUCAGUCCUGUCUUCUGGGGAGGUCUCUCCGGUUCUGUGUGUACAGCACCAGCCUGGCCAACUCCCUUCAGGUGAGGCUCAACCUGGGCCUCUACAUCGUCUUCUUGCUGGACUGGUUGAGCGUCUUCCCCAGGGAGCAGAUCCUGGUUCUCCGCCUGGAGGACUACGCUACAAACCUCGAAGGCACGCUGGACCAAGUCUUCUCUUUUCUGGAAGCAGGUCCUUUACCCAAAGAAAAACGCUAUGGACGGCUAGAAGACUGA